AUGGGUUGGUUCAGCCACGACGACGAGGACGAGCGCAACGCCUACCAGCAGGUCCAGAACGCUCCCCACCAGUCUUCGCUCAGCCACGAGCUCAUUGCCGGUGCCGCGUCGUUUGCCGCCAUGAAGGCCUACCAGGACCACCAGGAGGCCAACGGCAAGCCCCAGAGCUUUGAGCUCGGCAAGGACCUCAUCGCCGCCUUUGCUGGUGCCGAGGUCGACAAGCUCAUCGAGACCAAGGGCCUCGACGCCGUCGACGCCCAGCGCGCCAAGCACCAGGCGCAGGAGCAGGCCAAGCAGGCCCUCGCCAACUCGCAGCAGUUUGGCCAGCAGCAGUACCAGCAGCAGCAGUACGGCGGCGGUGGUGGUGGCGGCUACGGUGGUGGCUACCAGCAGCAGGGCGGUGACUGGAACUUUGGCUGGAACUUUGGCUGGAACUUUGGCUGGAGCUUUGGCUGGAGCUUUGGCUGGAGCUUUGGCAAGAGCUUUGGCAAGAGCUCUGGCUGGAGCUCUGGCAAGAGCUUUAGCUCGAGGUGCUACGGCGGUCCCCAGGGCGGCUAUGGUGGCCAGCAGGGCGGCUACGGCGGUCCCCAGGGCGGAUUCGGUGGCCCCCAAGGCGGCUACGGCGGCCAGCAGGGCGGAUACGAGGGCGAGCGCCGUGGCGGUUACGAGCACGAGGGCCGUGGUGGCUACGAGCACGAGGGCCGCCGCGAGGAGCGUCGCGAGCACGAGGGCCGUCACCACCACGAGGAGCGCCGCGAUGAGGGCCGCUGGUAG